UGGUGAAGAUUAGCGGACAGGCGGUCAGUUUAUUAAGUGAUGAGUUGUUUCCUGACAAAAUCAGUUUAUUCAGCGUACUGAAAUUUCUCCUCUGUAGACAUCCAUUAAAAAACGUCCUCUCGUCUCCUCGCUAGUGUACCGCCCAUAGAAUGUAAAUGGGACGGCUGCGUUAUGCUAUUUUAUGCUAAGCUUGUAGUAACUUUGUAGAAGGGUUCUGGAUGAACUUUGGCGCCUACAGUUUUGAUGUCGUGAGAUAAGGAAUCAUAAUGGCUGGAGUCUUUGGCCCGCCUUUGUGAUUAUGAACCGUUUCCUGAACAGCUUGAAUUCCUCAACUGCAUUAUUUUUUUAACCAUAUUAUUUCACUGAAUCCUAUGCACGUAGUUCAACGAGCUGCGAAGGACUUGAUUUUUCCAAAACGCUGUCAUUCUGGACAAAUGAGACACCACAGAAUCUGGAUGUGUUGCAAUGGCUCUCGGAGUUGACAAGACCUUUUCAGGCCGCUCUUUGCAGAUGGAGAACAAGAACUAUGGGAGGUGGAAGACCAGGAUCCCUGAGUUAAUUCGUAGUGAUCACUCAAGACCACUCAGUCAUAGAGCAAGUCAGGUGUCUAGGCCUGCACAUGGCCAGGAGGCCAAGGAUUCAGAAAAAGAGCAGAGUGGUUGCAAAAAGACAGUAACCAUGGCACCUCUUUCCAGGUAUAUGAGAGACAAAAGCCUCUACACCAUGAGAAAACCACUGAUCUCCUCACAAAAACAGAUGCCCAUCCUGAAGAAUCCAUCUAUGCAUGUAGACUCAAAAAAGGAAGCUCAGAUGAGCUAUAUAGCAGAUUCCCCUAAAGAAAUGGAAAAAAGUCUCCCUAAGCAAUCAGUCAGAGGGAUCACAGAUGUUUCUCUAUCUUACACUUUCUCCCCACCAAUGUCAAGAGAGGACCUGAAUACCUCCAUGAGCGUAUCAGACCUCCGGCUGUGGUCACGUGAUGAGGAGCCUAUUUUUAACACAUCAACCAACAAAUGCAGCCUGUCUAGUCCUCCUUUAGCUUCUAUGAGUCUCUCUGCACCCCCAGUGCCUAAGUGGAUAUCCACUCCUCAAAACACUUUGUCCAACCAUACUUCUCAUUUCAACAGUAAGGUAAAUACAAGAGCAGAUGAGAUUGAGAUAGGAAGAGAUUCUCUUCUUAACACCAGUUCUUCCCAGUAUUUCAGUAAGAACCACCCACUUGGACUCAAACACAUGUCCCCGUAUCAGGCCAGUUAUUGGGCCUGUGCCAUCCCCAACACCAUGCCACCCACUGCAGACCGCAAAUCCUCAAACUGGGAUCCUGAAAAGGAAUACCAGGCACUCCUGGACUAUACAUACCCCCUGAGACCCAACAUGGCCAAUACAUGGUGUUCACCCGAGUCAGAGUCUCUGUUACGAACUGAUCCACUGUUGCAAGACUCUGGCAUUGAGUUAGACUGCUUUUGCAGCUCUUCCACCCUGUCUUUUUUGGACCUAUCUCAGAUAGAGACUCGACAGGGAAAGUAUAGUCCAGCAACAGGCAAAAGGUCAACAGAAUUUGGGGGUCUAAAUCUAAAGAAACGAUCACAUUAUAAGUCCUCAGAUGGCAUACUGUCCAGUAGCUUGUUCUCCUCACUAGAUCAAGCUGGCUUGUCUGUUAAGAGUCUGGACUGUGAGAGAAAGCCAGGGGUUCACUACCGUAAAUUUGGUAUCUUCUCCACCUUCAGGUCUGUCCCCACAUUCAUUAGUUCAACACACAUUCUGCCCUGCUGUGAUUCGCAGGGUGAAUUGGACGAAGAGUUUCUUCGCCUUCCUGAACAGCUUCAAGAACUUCAGGUGCUUUCACAGCAGCUGAGGGACAUUAGUGUUAAGAUGGGCAAGCCUCUUGAGAGCGAGAUUACAUCUGUCAGGUCACCAACAGUUGUAGGAAAGCAGGAACAAGUGGUAGAACAAAGAGGUAAGGAAAAUGUUGAAGUAGAGAGGGGAUCUGUAUUGGAAGUCCCUCUUCAGAGUGAGGAUCAUUUAGAGGAGGCAAAGGAGCCUGGUGCCCGAAUGCAGAUGAUUAGCCAAGAGGUGAACCGGAGUAGCCUGAGGGAGGUGGAAGCCAUUAUGGAUCAGCUGAGUGGGAUGUCUAUGUCUGAGCUUCAGAGGAUGAUACCAACAGACCAGGAUGAAGAGGAGACCAAGGAGUCACUCAUACAACACAUACAAGCAUUUUGCACAAACCUUGAAAAGCUGGUCCAGUGGCUGUACAAGGUUGUAGAUAAAGUGGAGGUUCUUUCUCCACCCAUGGUUGACUUGGCGAGUGUUAAAGCCUCCUUAGCUGACUACAAGACUUUUCAGGAAGAAGUCCAGGCUUAUAAGCCCCUCACGGCAGAUAUCCUGCAAACUGGAGAGAUGCUUUUGCAUUGCAUGAACUCAGCCUCUCCAUUUCUGAAGGAGACACUGAUGCUCAUAGAGAGACAGUCUCGUACACUGGAGACACAUUCAGAGUAUCUUUUCUCCUCUAUUCUUUCAGCAAUGGACUGCCUCACUGGCCCCAGGACUCAGGAAGCCUCAGAAGGGAUUUCCUGAGAAUUAUCUGAACAGUCUGCUUGCUGCCUUCGUUAAGAUAUCAAUUUUGUGCCGCUGGUGUUUUAUCAAUCCAUAUCAAGAGGACAAUAACCUUCAACCACUAAAUACAUGAUAAACAUGUCAGCAUUGUUUCCUUUGUUUUAGACUUUAUAAUAUGUUUGUUUACUGUAUCCAAAAGUGAUGUUAUUUUUGCUGUUUCUUUGAAUCUCACAUCUUGUGUUGUCACAACGUACAGCCACAACAUUAAAACCACCUGUCUAAUAUUGUGUAGGUUCCCCUCGUGCCGCCAAAAGAGCUCUGACCCGUCGAGGCAUGGACUCCACAAAUCCUCUGAGGGUAUCCUGUGGUAUCUGACACCAAGACAUUAGCAGCAGAUCCUUAAAGUCCUGUAAGUUGCGAGGUGGGGCCUCCAUGGAUCGGACUGUGGUCCAGCACAUCCCAUAGAUGCUCAAUCGGAUUGAGAUCUGGGAAAUUUUGAGGCCAAGUCAACACUUUGAAAUGUUUGUCAUGUUCCUGAAACCAUUCCUAAACCAUUUUUGCAGUGUGGCAGGGUGCAUUAUCCUGCUGAAAGAGGCCACUGCCAUCAGGGAAUAUCGUUACCAUGAAGGGGUGUAUGUGGUCUGCAACAUUUUUAGGAAGGUUGUACAUGUCAAAGUAACAUCCACAUGAAUGCCAGGACCCAAGGUUUCCCAGCAGAACAUUGCCCAGAGCAUCCCACUGCCUCUGCCAGCUUGCUUUCUUCCCAUGGUGCAUCAUGCUACCAUCUGUUCCCCAGGUAAACUACGCAUAUGCACCCGGCCGUUCAACUGAUCUAAAAGAAAACGUGAUUCAUCAGACCAGGCCACCUUCUUUCAUUGCUUCAUGGUUCAGUUCUGAUGUUCACGUGCCCAUUGUAGGUGCUUUUGGUGGUGGACAGAGGUCAGCAUGGGUGCACUGACCGGUCUGCAGCUACCCUGUUUUUCAAUAGUUUGUGCUAUAGUAUCUCUGUGGGUUUGGACCAGUCGGGCUAGCCUUCGCUCCCACGUGAAUCAAUGAGCCUUGGGCGCCCAUGACCCUGUCGCCUGUUUACCAGUUGUCCUUCCUUGGAUCACUUUUGGUAGGCACUAACCACUGUAUACCAGGAACACCCCACACGACCUGCCAUCACAAUUGUUAAAGUUGCUCAGAUCCUUAUGCUUGCCCAUUUUUCCUGCUUCCAACACAUGGAAUUUAAGAACUGAUUGUUCACUUGCUGCCUAAUAUAUCCCACCCCUUGACAGGUGCCAUUGUAACAAGAUAAUAAAUGUUAUGCACUUCAUCUGUCAGUGGUUUUAAUGUUGUGGCUGAUGUGUAUGUGAUGAACUUUUGAAAUUUUUCUUAUAAAAACAAGCUUGUGAUAAUGGAAUUGUCUUUAUAUACAGUAACAUACUGCUCAUGUUAGAAAAUGCCUUGAGUUGACCUGAUGGGUUAAUUCUGUUAUGCUCUGCUGAAGAGGCGGACAGACACUGUGCCAAUCAUGAUUGUGAUCUCAGGUUAUUACCCUACUAAGCUUUAAUAGAGAGUUUCCCCUAUGCAUUUGUAUGCAUUCUAUUUUUUGAUUAAUAAUUAGUGAUUGAUAGAAUGAUAAAUAUUUGAAUUUACAAUAAAGAUAAGCCUACCAGAGCUCUUUGGCAAAGUGCUAUAUUUGACAAAAAUCCACAGGUCAAUCCCUGUUUGUCAAGCAUGAUUUGUGGAAGCACCAUGCUGCUUGAUGACGUGGAAACCUCAGUGUCAUCAAAGUAUCAUGGAGGAGUGUUAAAAUUUGCAGGUCAAAGGAACAAAACGUAUAAAACUAAAUUCAAGGAUCCCAUGCUUUUUGAACAGUUAAUUUCCGUGAUAUUUCCACAACAUCUCCAUGAUCUAAAUUUCUAGCCUAUAAAGUGCAUCCGAAAAGUAUUCACAGCGCUUCACUUUUUCCACAUUUUGUUAUGUUACAGCCUUAUUCCAAAAAGGAUUAAAUUCAUUUAUUUUCCUCAAAAUUCUACAAACAAUACCCCAUAAUCACAACGUGAAAGAAGUUUGUUUGAAAUCUUUGCAAAUUUAUUAAAAAAAAAAAAAAAUCACAUGUACAUAAGUAUUCACAGCCUUUGCCAUGACACUUAAAAUUGAGCUCAGGUGCAUCCUGUUUCCACUGAUCAUCCUUGAGAUGUUUCUACAACUUGAUUGGAGUCCAUAUGUGGUAAUUUCAGUUGACUGGACAUGAUUUGUAAAGGCACAAACCUGUCUAUAUAAGGUCCCACAGUUAACAGUGCAUGUCAGAGCACAAACCAAGCCAUGAAAUCCAAGGAAUUGUCUGUAGACCUCCGAGACAGGAUAGUAUCGAGGCACAGAUCUGGGGAUGGGUACAGAAAACUUUCUGCAGCAUUGAAGGUCCCAAUGAGCGCAGUGGCCUCCAUCAUGCAUAAAUGAAAGAAGUUUGAAACCACCAGGACUCUUACUAGAGCUGGCCACCCGGCCAAACGGAGCAUUCGAAGGGCCUUAGUCAGGGAGGUGACCAAGAACCCGAUGGUCACUCUGACAGAGCUCCAGCGUUUCUCUGUGGAGAGAAGAGAAACUUCCAGAAGAACAUCCAUCUCUGCAGCACUCCACCAAUCAGGCCAGUAUGGUAGAGUGGCCAGACGGAAGCCACUCCACAGUAAAAGGCACAUGACAGUCUGCCUGGAGUUGCCAAAAGGCACCUGAAGAACAAAAUUCUCUGGUCUGAUGAAACAAACAUUGAACUCUUUGUCUGAAUGGCAAGCGUCCUGUCUGCAGGAAACCAGGCACCGCUCAUCACCUGGCCAAUACCAUCCCUACAGUGAAGCAUGGUGGUGGAAGCAUCAUGCUGUGGGGAUGUUUUUCAGUGGCAGGAACUGUGAGACUAGUCAGGAUCGAGGGAAAGAUGAAUGCAGCAAUGUACAGAGACAUCCUUGAUGAAAACCUGCUCCAGAGCGCUCUGGACCUCAGACUGGGGUGACGGUUCAUCUUCCAACAGGACAACGACCCUAAGCAUACAGCCAAGAUAACAACGGAGUGGCUACGGAACAACUCUGCGAAUGUCCUUGAGUGGCCCAGCCAGAGCUCAGACUUGAACCCGAUUAAACAUCUCUGGAGAGAUCUGAAAAUGGCUGUGCACUGAUGCUCCCCAUCCAACCUGAAGGAGCUUGAGAGGUCCUGCAAAGAAGAAUGGGAGAAACUGCCCAAAAAUAGGUGUGCCAAGCUUGUAGCAUCAUACACAAAAAGACUUGAGGCUGUAAUUGUUGCCAAAGGUGCUUCAACAAGGUAUUGAGCAAAGGCUGUGAAUACUUCUGUACAUGUGAUUUUUCUUUUCUUUUUUUUUUUUUAUAAAUUUGCAAAGAUUUCAAACAAACGUCUUACACAUUG